AGGCAGUGGGAGGUAGUACCGGCGGCAGCGGCGCGGGCGCCUGAGGAGGAGGAGAAGCGGAUGAGGAGGCUGAAGGGCUUGACAGGGCCCCACACAGCUCCUAAGUGGCUCAGAGCAAGCGCAGGCCCUCCCCGCUCUCAGCCGGAGGCAGCAUGGUCUGUGGGGCACCAUGGGGCCUGACAGAGUGACAGCCAGGGAACUGUGUGAGAACGACGACCUGGCCACCAGCCUGGUCCUGGACCCCUACCUGGGCUUCCGCACCCAUAAGAUGAACGUCAGCCCUGUGCCCCCCCUGCGGCGACAGCACCACCUGCGCUCAGCGCUGGAGGCUUUCCUGAGGCAGCGGGACCUGGAGGCUGCGUACCGGGCCCUGACGCUGGGAGGCUGGAUGACCCACUACUUCCAGAGCCGGGGCCCGCGGCAGGAGGCUGCCCUCAAGACCCACAUCUAUCGCUACCUCCGCGCCUUCCUGCCUGAAAGCGGCUUUACCAUCCUGCCCUGUACCCGCUAUUCCAUGGAGAGAAACGGAGCCAAGAUUGUGUCCACCCGAGCUUGGAAGAAGAACGAGAAGUUGGAGCUGCUGGUGGGGUGCAUCGCGGAGCUGCGGGAGGCCGACGAGGGGCUGCUGCGGGCGGGUGAGAACGACUUCAGCAUCAUGUACUCCACCCGCAAGCGCAGCGCGCAGCUGUGGCUCGGCCCCGCCGCCUUUAUCAACCAUGACUGCAAACCCAACUGCAAGUUUGUGCCCGCAGAUGGGAACGCAGCCUGCGUGAAGGUGCUGCGGGACAUCGAGCCGGGGGACGAGGUGACCUGUUUCUACGGUGAAGGCUUCUUUGGUGAAAAGAAUGAGCACUGUGAAUGCUACACCUGCGAGAGGAAAGGGGAGGGGGCUUUCCGCCUGCGGCCCCGGGAGCCCUUGCCGCCGCGGCCCCUGGACAAGUACCAGCUCCGGGAGACCAAGCGGAGGCUGCUGCAGAGGUUGGGCGGCGGCCGGCUGAGCCCGAGGCCCUGUGCCCACCGGUUCCCUCUGCGUCAGGACCCGUUCUGCGCCGCCUGCCAGCCCCUGCGACCCCCGCCCUGCGGCACCAGCCCCGACGCCUCGCCCCUCUGGCUCCAGUGGCUGCCGCAGCCCCAGCUCUGGGUGCGUCCCCGGAGACGCCGCCGCCCCCAGCCCCGGCGGUCCCCCACACCCCCGCUUCUCCGUGCGGCUCGCGUCUCCCUGCACCGGUGGGGAGGCUGUGGCCCCCGCUGCUGCCUGCAGGCGGAGGCUGCGGUGGCCCUGGACCAGGCCCCCCGCGCCCGCUGGACCCCCCAGCAGGACUGGCGCUGGGCCCGGCGUUACGGGCUGCCUUAUGUGUUGCGUGUGGACCUGAGCCGCGUGGUCCCAGCCCCGCCUGCCACUCCCGCCCCGACCCCUGCCCCCGCGGGGACCCCAGGCCCUGUCUCCAUCGCCAAGCAGGCCCUCGCCUUCGCGCCCUUCUCCCCACCCAAGCGCCUGCGGCUGGUGGUCAGCCAUGGCUCCAUCGACCUGGAUGUCAACAGUUAGGGGCUGUGAUGGGCUGGACAGGGCACCCUCCGCGUCCCCCAGCCCCUCACUGACCUCCAGAAGGAGCUCUUGGACCUCUACGAGGGAGCUGACCCUUGACCCCAGCACAGCUCUGACCCCUUGGCGGGGCUGCUUUGGACAUCCCCAGGGAUCAGACCCCUGACCCUUUGUGACUGCUGACCCCUGAGCCACCCCAACCCCAGCAGGGAGCCCUGGCCGUUGCUGCCCUCUGCACCCCCAGCCUCAGGACUGAAGAAGCCGGUCCCUUUCCCGCCACCUUCUCCUGCCCAGGGAGCAAAGCCAUAGGGAG